GAUUAAUUAUAACAUGUAAAUUAUAAAAUUAUUGUAUUUGAAAUAGUUAUAUAAAUAUUUAAGUAUAUGAUUAACAUUAAAAAUAUAUACCACUUAUGUUUUAAAACAAUAAUUUAUGUAUAAAAAAGUGAAAACAAACACCCGUGCGGUUGCACGGGUCAAAAUCUAGUUUCCAUUAUUUUUGAUGUAACCAGACCAAAUUUUAGUUUUCGCUUCCAGCCCAUAAUUGUUGAAGGCCAAGCAUGAUUUUGACCCAUUUUGGGUUUUCAAAUAUUUUGCAUGUUUUUUCAUACUUGUCUCGCUACCAUGUUCUCCUUUUUAUAUUCAACAACAGAUUAUUUGUGUCAGGCUUCUUGCAUAACAGCUCUUACUGUAAAAUUUGUAGGAGGCAAAGUAGGAACGGACCCACUUGAAAGGUUGCAGGGGUCAAUUGACACCACAAAAAUAUUAAAUAGUAUAAGUUUCAGUUUGUAAACUAAGAUCAUGAUUAACUCCGGUCUCUUAACUGGGGUUCUUAGCUUCAGCUAAGAAACGGUUCUUAGUUUUUUUAGAUUUUAACUAAGAAAACCUAAGAACCGUCUUUUAAAUAAAAUAUAUAAGAACCGUCUUUUAGCCGAAAAAUGUAAAAAGCAAAAAAAAAAACAAAAAAAAUAUCAAAUCAUGAGUUAACAACCCGACUAAAAAACUGGGGUUAAUCAUGUCCUAAUGUUUGUUAAUCAAUUGUGGCUCAAUUAUGGCUCAGUGAUAAGAAAGUGUAGUAAUGAACCUAUAAAAUAUUAGGUUCUAUCACUACCCAAUGACCCCUUAUAAUAUCUUUUUCAAAUUUACACAUUUUAUUUAUAUUGUGACCCCACAUAAAUUUUCUGCUGGAUCUGCCACUGAACCGAAGAGCAAGGGACCAAUAUCAUAUAUAUCAUGACUUUUACUAUUUGAAGAAAUCUGAUGUCUUUUGGGCUAAAGAACGAAGAUCUUUGCCUGUUUUAUUCAAAAAAUGUAUGGGUAUAACACUUAAUCUCAUUGCUUGUUCACUCUUAUCCUAAGCGCACAUAUAAUUGCCGAAGGUGGAUUGGGGGGUUGAAGAGGCCCUGGAGGUUGUUUAGCCAACAGUAAGCUGGAAGAGGUUUGAGAAGCUCGUGGUUAGGCUUCUUGAUCAUGAGAAUUUCAGGACUAAGCAAUGUAAAUAGUUCUUUGUUGUCUACUAACUCUUGAGUAUUGAUGAACAACAUAUUAUAUAUACAUGUAUACAGUAUACUUGAUAGCACAUAAAUAGAUAGUGAUUAAAAAAUUGAGUUGGUAAAAAUGGUGGUACGUAAUAGCUAUUCUAUUUUGUGAUCCUAAGAUUGCAAAAUCAAAGCCAUUGAACUAUAUGUGUAUUUUACAUAAAAUUUAAAAUCAAUGCCAUUGAAUUAUUUGUCUAUUUAACAUACAUUUAAACGAAGUUUGUCUAUUUUACAUCAUCAAAUCGCUUUACCAAAGCCAUUGAACGAUAUGUGUAUUUUACAUAAAAUCUAAAAUCAAUGUCAUUGAAUUAUUUGUCUAUUUUACAUACAUCUAAAAUGGCUUUUACCAAAUUAUUAGUUUUCUUUGUGACAGCUCAGAUUUGAACGAAUGUUUCAAAUCUGCAAAUUAGUUUAUGUUUGUUCGUUUGUAGUUUUACUAGGCGAUCUGUAACUGUAUAAAAUCUAUCGAAGUAUGUGAGGAAUGUUUUUGCGUGGUAGGUACAAACUUAGAAAAGAAACCUUGGAAAGUGAACCGAAGGUCCAAACCUCAACGUAUAGGGAGAUGGAGAGACUAAGAGUCACGCGGUUCGAGGUAGCGUGAGAAUCAAUCACAUCUACGAGAGGGAUAUAUAUUUGCCAUGCAGAGAAAAAAAUGCAAAGCAAGGGAACAUGAUGGACCGGUCACGAUGCUUCGGCUGUCGUCCAACGACCAAAGCACCCAAUUUACCUACUUUUCCUAUUUUCAAUCUCUUUUACAGUUUUUUUUUUUGUUAAAUAACUAGACUAAAUCAUUAUAUGAUCAACGAUCCUAUUAUAAUCAUUAUGUAACACCUAGAAGUGCGGUCUACAUAGUACCUUUGUCUCCUAAAUUCACUCCAUAUAUUCUAUUCGGAUCAGUCUACACAUAAAUUAACUGUGUAAUCACUCUUAGCGAGAGAUAUUUCGUUUCUUUUAGUUGAAUCAAUCUUUAGACAAAUACAAAUCGUGGUCAAUUAUUUUAAGGGACAAGGGUUAACUUUACAAUUUUACUUAGGGACUUCAUCCAUUUCGGUUACAUCAUUGUCUUUGAAUGGUAUUCUGAUGAAUAACAAAAUACUUUUUCCUUGUUGUAAUGGAUUUAUAACAACAAUUUUCGUAAGCAUCCAAUCUUUUGUGAAGAAAAUACUUGUAUUUAUAAUAUGAAAAGUAAAUAUCAAUAAAACAAUCACGAGUCAGAUAAUGCUGAUUUUGAUCUGUAAAUCUCGGUCUAAAUGUGUGGAUUACAAGACAAAAAAUGAAAAGCUUUUUAUGUACUUCAAAAAUAUACUUAUAUACAUAUAUGUGAAACUAUUAAUAAGAUUUCAAAUCCUAACUAAACCAAGAAAUCAAAAAGAAUCACGUCAGUCCCACCCCAUUUGGAACACAAACCCUAAUAAUUACAUAUAAAAAUUAUUUUCUUAUAUCCUCAUACAAAAUAUUGUAUACACAUAUAUAUGCACAUGUAUGUACAUAAGUUUAUAUAAGGGCUCGUCCACUCUAAAUUUUAACCAUCUUCAUUCUCACACUCAACCUUCUCCUCUCUUCCUUCAUUUUCUUUCUUUUUAUCCUUGAUCUGAUUCCUCUACUAGAUCUAGUUCCUAUAUCUCCCACAAGCAAAAAGAAAGAAUAGAUUACUUUAAGAAUUUUGAAGAAUAAAAAAGGAGAGUACAACCAUGGUUUUCUCCUCCAUCCAAGCUUAUCUUGAUUCAUCCAACUGGCAACAAGCUCCUCCGAGCAAUCAUAACCAGGGUGGCGCAGGAGCCUCAGAUACAGGGGGUCAUGGUCUUUUUACUCAGCCACAGUCCAAUGGUAGCGGAGGCAGCGGCUCGAUCCGACCAGGAUCGAUGGUAGACAGAGCAAGACAAGCAAACGUAGCCAUGCCAGAAGCGGCACUGAAAUGUCCAAGAUGCGAAUCCACCAACACCAAGUUCUGUUACUUCAACAACUACAGCCUCACUCAGCCACGCCACUUCUGCAAAAGCUGUCGGAGAUACUGGACACGUGGCGGUUCCCUCCGCAACGUUCCAGUCGGUGGUGGCUACCGGAGAAACAGGCAUACUAAAAGCAGUAGCAACAACAACAACAGCACCGCCACUAGCAACAACACAAGUUUCACCUGGGCAGCCUCGGGGAAUGCAUCCACAAUCAGCGCCAUUCUCUCCUCGAACUACGGAGGAAACCAUGAGAGCAUCUUGAGCCAGAUUUUAUAUCCAGGGAGGGUAAUGAAUCCUAAUUAUAAUCAUCAUCUAGGAGAUCUCUUAGAUAAUACAAAAACAGAUAGCAACAUGAGUUUAUUGAACUAUGGAGGAUUGAGUCAAGACUUGAGGUCAGUCCACAUGGGAGCUUCAGGUGGCUCGCUUAUGAGCUGUGCUGAUCCAUCUUCAAAUGGGUUUUACCCUUUUGAAUCGCCGAGGAUAACUUCUGCGUCGAUCUCAUCUGCUUUGGCGUCGCAGUUUUCUUCCGUUAAAGGUGAAGAUAAUCCUUACAAAUGGGUUAAUGUCAAUGGUAAUUGCUCUUCCUGGAUUGAUCUUUCUACUUUCGGCUCAUCUAGUUGAGUUCAGCCAAAAAAAGAAAGAACUAGAGGGUACUUAUUGAUGAAAAACCCUAGUUACUAAUUAUUAGGUUAAUUUUGUCUUGUUGUACGUUUUUUGUUUAGUUUAGGUUGUUUAAGAUUUCCCUUGUUCUCGAUCUAUGGUUCCUUUGUUCUUUUUGCCAUGUUAUUGGGUGUGUCUGAGUAUGUUCCUUUGUUCUUUUUGGCAUGUUGUUCCUUUGUUAUCUUUCGAGUUUGAUUACUACCAUCAAGUCUCAGUGUCAGUCUUAUUUAAAUCAUGGUAUGUUGAAUGAGUCAGUUUUGUUUCUCACUA